AUUGCUGAGAAGAAAAAACAGUGGACUGCUCUUAGUACUGCUCAUCAGGUGAUAUUUUCACCUGACUGGUGUUUCAGCUGGUUUACUAAACAGAGGUGUGGCGCCGGCUGCUCAUUACACAUACAGAGAGUCCGCUAACACUCGAACACGAGGAGAACCCUCUGUCCGAUCUUAGUUUGAGAUCCAAGUUCAAGUUUUUUUUUGGAUUGCGUUUUGCAAUUUGCAAGGCAAACGAUGCCGACAACAGAUACGACUUACGACAAUGUUUCUCACGUGAACUAUGCUUUCCAUCACGAAGAGCAGCGGCCGCCUCCGUAUGCGCCGUCUUCCGGAAUGAACCCGGCUUUACCUCAAUACCCCGGCCCCCAAAACCCUCAAUAUCUACACCAUCAUUCCCCUCCACCAUACAUUUCAGAGAGAUACUCGCCUGCUCAGAGCCUCCAUCAGUACACGCCUCAAACAGCACCUAUUAAUACCCACCACACGGUCACGCCUGGACCCUACCUUGACGUUAAUCCGCUUCACAAAGUUUCCAGGAGAACAAAAUGGCCAUUUAUCCUUGGUGCAGUUGCCUCCCUACUGAUCGUUGCCGGGGUCAUCGUUGUGGUGCUUUGGUUUUAUGGUGUGUUCGAUUGUUUGCAAGGGCAUCGCUGUAAAACGAAUAACGAAUGUGUCAGCGUCUCUCAGUGGUGUGACGGCGUUCAGGACUGUCCGUCAGGAGAUGAUGAAACUCAGUGCUUUCGUCUGUUUGGAUCCGAGUCCCUUCUUCAGAUGUAUUCAAACGUGACUCAAAAAUGGGAGAAUGUGUGUUCAGAUGGAUGGAAUGACAACCUCGGAAUACAAGCGUGUGAGAAUAUAGGAUACGAGAGGGACACCUAUGUGGGUUAUGAGGAGAUUUACUCGAGAGCAUCGACUGACUACAUACUGGUGAAGACUUCUCUCAGCUCCUCCAAUCUGACAGGUUUUCUCAGUAAAACUUCAGACUGUCCAUCUCAAAAAGCAGUGGCAGUCAAAUGUAUAGAUUGUGGACAGAACAGCGGGACCCGAAUUGUAGGAGGAACCACGGUGACCUCUAGGGGGGUGUGGCCAUGGCAGGUCAGCCUGCAGAUUUCCAGAAGGCAUCUGUGUGGCGGGUCUGUCAUUACACCUUACUGGAUCGUCACUGCAGCUCACUGUGUUCAUGGGAAUUCAGAUGCGAGGGAUUGGACUGUGUAUGCUGGAUAUCUGACUCGUUCCGAGAUGCUGUCGGCCACCGGCAAUUCUGUAAGCCAGAUAGUCAUGCACAACUUCGAUCCGAUAACCAACGAAAAUGACAUCGCCCUGAUGAAGCUAAACCGACCACUCAUGAUUACAUCGAAUGUCAGGCCAGUGUGUCUGCCCAAUAAAGGCAUGUACUUCGCUGCUCCGCGGGAAUGUUACGUCACUGGAUGGGGGGCACUGUUUAGUGGAGGAUCUCCCUCACAAAACCUACAAGAAGCCAAAAUCCAGCUAAUCGACAGAACGACUUGCAACAGCCGACAGGUGUAUAACAGGCAGAUCACAGACACCAUGAUCUGUGCUGGCAAGCUGGAGGGUGGCGUGGACUCCUGUCAGGGGGACAGCGGGGGUCCUCUGGUCACAAAAGAGAAUUCUCUAUGGUGGCUGGUUGGGGACACUAGCUGGGGUGAUGGAUGUGCUUUCAGAAACAAGCCCGGAGUCUACGGAAAUGUGACCUACUUCCUUGACUGGAUAUACGAACAAAUGCGGAGAUAUUAACCUUUUUAAUAUAAAGAUUUUUGAGAAGAGCAACUGAUCCAAAUCGCUGACUCUCAGGAACUGUGACCGUUUUUUUUUUUUUUUUUUUAUAGUCUUAUUUUACUUUUUGCUUUCAUUUAAAUGUUUUCGGAUAAAUCUAAAAGAACCACUUAUUUAUUUACACCGGUGUCAAUAAGUGAAUUGCACAUUAUGCUACAAUAUGCACUUUUCUCUCUUUUUUUUUUUUGUUGUUGUAUGUUUUGUAUAAAAAGCACGACUGUACAAAUGAGUUUAUAAAAAAAACAAAAAACAAAAAAAAAACCCUACCUGACAUCACAUCACUGACAUGUUUGUUCUCUGGCUCUCUUUGCAACCACAACAUUUCACAUUUGCAUUGUUACCAGUAUUCAAUAACAGGAUGUGACAGAGAUUAAAACCGCUCUCCUCAGAGCUGCGGACAGACAUGGUGCAAACAAAUGUCUUUCUUGUAUAACUAUAUAGAGAUCUAAAAUUGUUUUUACGACAUCAAGAAUUUAUAUUAAAACGUGUAUGACUUUCUGACUGAA